CAGUUACCCUGACAACUCUCAACAAGUCGAUGUUUGUCUUGGUUUCAAACCUCCUCAGUAUCGAUCGACCCGUUCAUGUAUGACUGCCCAUAGUGUAAUUAAUUUGUGUAGAGAUGUCGCGGGCUCAGGCAGAAAGCGUGAUUAAAAACAUCAUCCGAGAUAUCGGCGAGGAAUGCGCAGCAAAGGGCCAGGCCGCGUCCGAGACGCUGGUGGCCUUCAUGGUGAAGGCUGUGGUUCUGGACCCGGAAAACGGGUUCAACGUCGACCGGACUCUCACCAGAGAGGACGUGAGACAGCUGGUAGAGUUGUGUGUGGGUAAACUGACCGAGGAAGGCAGUCCAGCUCUCGACACAUUAAAGAUGCAGGUUUACUUUGACAUGAACUACACAUCUCGACGUGAGUUCAUCCAGGAGCAUCAGCGCCUGCUGGCCACACGGCUGGGGCCGGUGUCCCGGGACAUCAUGGACAUGCAGGCCAGGACGCAGGCGGACCUGGAGGAGCUCUACCGCAGGAUCAUCAGCUACAUGCUGCUGAGCUCCGGGGUGGGCUCGCCCAACGACGUCAACACCGUCCGGGAGGCCGCAGCGGCACUGCAGAGUGUGUUUCCUCAAGAGGAGCUGGGGACCUUCCUGUCCCUCUCCAGUCAGGACAAGGAGCAGCAGCUGGCCGAGUUGACCGCCGUCGUCACGGGGAUACGAAUCUUCAACAAGUUCCUGAAUAAGGGAGGGGAGGGCAUCGACGACUUGCCCAUGCUCCUGAACGAGGCGCUGCCUGAGCUCAGCGGCGCCAUGGAGGCCUCGCUGCUCCAGACGCGGGGCCUGGCCUGGAGGUACACCGCGCUGCUGGAGAUGCUGGCGGGCGGCCAGGAGCCGGCCGGGGAGAAGGACCAGUCCCCCGUCCUGCUCAGACAGGCCCUGUACAACGUCCGACAGCACGAAGCCCUCCUCAAAGCCAUACUGGCUGAUGUGGCUCUGUGUGCCAGGCAGGUGGAGACCCUGCAGAACGACCUGGAGUCGCGCCUCCUGAACCUGAAGGAAGCGGUUCAGACCAGGACGGCCGUGUCCACCGCGGUGGUGUUCCCCCACUUCACAGUGCUGUCCCAGCUGUGGGCGGGGCUCCAGGACGAGAUGGUGCUCCUCAACGUGCAGGAGGCGGUGGCCCUGGGCCUGCAGCCCUUCCUGCUGGCCCAGGCCCAGCUGUUCCCCCCCGCACAGCUGGACCUCCUGCUGGAGGGGUCGGAGGUCAGGAGCGAUGAGCAGCGGAUGGCCGAGUCGGCGGAGGAACGUGUCAACGUCCAGGAGGUCCGGGGCCGGCAGUGGCUGUUCCCGGGGACCAUGGGGAACUUCUCCAAGCUGCCGCUGCAGUACCGAGGGAUGUGUGGCUACAGCCUGGCCGCCAGGGACGGCCUGCUGCUCCCGGGGAAUCCCAGCAUCGGCGUCCUGAGACUCCAGGACAAGUACUACGUGUUCAGCUCCCGGGAGGCCGCAGAGCAGUUCUCCAGCUGCCCAGACGACUUCACCUCCCGCGUGGCCGAGCGGGCGCGGAGGUGCCCCGAGCUCAUCCAGCUGCUGGAGCUACACCAUCAGUUCACCGGGACCACGCCCUACUCUGAGGGUCCAGGGGGCACCCUACAGGUGAAGGCGGUCUGCCGGUGCGACAGCGGCACCCAGACGGACACCCACCUCCUGGAGACCAACCUGGCGACCACGUACCAGUGGAACGAGUGGGAGCUGCGCCGGCAGGCCAUCCGACUGGCCAACCUGCAGAGCAGGGUGACCCACUCCACGCAGACCCACCUGAGCCACAUGAGACGAGACAACGACUCCCAGACGUACCCCCCCCGAGACACCGCCUGCCAGACCACCAGGGACGGCGAGACCAACGUCCCCAAACCCCUGGUGCACAUGACCCGGCUCCGCGGCCGCCAUGAGCACCCCGCCGUCAAGACAGACCUCACCAGACCUGUGGAAGACUGAGCCCCAUUGGUUGAUUGCUUUUUAUGUAUGCACUUUUCAGUUUAAAAGUUGAUUGAUUGGUUUAUUUGGCUCUCAUAGUUGUUGAAUAAACCAUUAGC